AUGCUGGAUGCCAUCUUCAAGAGUCGAAUGGACUUCUUCCGCGAAGGGAGUGACCUCCAAAAAGGGUCGCAGGUCCUGGCUGGCGAUGGCAAGACCGUUCUGGAGGUGGUCGACAUCUCAAAAGAAGCACAAACUACGAAAGUGGUUGACUUGCAGGCAGGCACUGCAACAUUGCGGGUGACCCCGGACCAUCCCGUGCAGAUUCCCAAUGAAGGUGGCAACGCGGGACGCCCUCUUUGCAUGCCGGCCGGCAAGCUCAAGGUGGGCGAGUUCGUGAUGCUGGAUUCAGGGGAGCCGGUUGCGCUCACCAGCGCAGAGACACUGCCCAUGGAGUGCAACGUGCUGAAGAUCGUCUUCAAGCCGGACUUGCCAGUGGCCGUCUUCUCCAGCCCAGCCUGCAUCCUCAGCAAGGGGCACAGGAAGUUGCAGACUCGUCGCAGCGUCCGUGGGAGAGGCAAGGAAGCGGCCUAUCCGAUCGAUGAAGGAGCUUCAAUUCCUGACACAGCGGCCGGGGAGUACAUGGACUGA